UGGGGGGUGUUUUUACAGGUCCAGCACAGAUCUACCACCUUGCAAGGAUCACAGACUUCAAGCAAUGCUCUCUGGUAGUGCUGCUGGCCCUUUAAUUAUAAGAGCAGCAGGGCCUGGUGUGCCUGUUGGCAUGCAGAGAAAGUAGGAAGUGUGCAGGGAGGAGCAUGGCAUUCAGUCAGGGAACACACCUUGGAGUGCUGGGUAAGUUCUAGAGUGUAACCACUGUUAGUGCUGCUCUGAGCCGAAUUCUCAUUGGUCAGAUAACCUGUACCACCAUUAUAGCAGUGGAUGUAUGCAGACAACAUGACAACCCCUUCUAACAGAGGUUUAAAGUGGUGAAACUGAGGAGAAAUCCCAGCUCCAAAUUCCAGUUUGGUAACGCAACAUGUUUUUCCAGUUUGGACAUAUUCCUACUUGGCUCUGCUGUUUCCUGUGCUCCUGAUUACAGACUAUGUACGCUAUAAGCCUGUCAUUAUCCUCCAGGGAAUGAGCUUUAUUAUUACAUGGUUGUUGCUUUUAUUUGCAUAUGGCGUGAUGGCCAUGCAACUGGUGGAGUUUUUCUAUGGAAUGGCAACUGCCACAGAGGUUGCCUAUUAUGCCUACAUAUACAGUGUUGUGAGUGCCGAGCAUUACCAGAAAGUCACAGGAUAUUGCAGAAGCAUCACACUGGUGGCAACCACUGUGGGCUCCUUGUUGGGGCAACUUUUAGUCUCUUUUGCCCAUGUGUCUUAUUUCUAUCUGAAUGCCAUCACAAUGGCUUCUGUCUCUGUGGCAUUUAUUGCUUCAUUUUUUCUGCCCAUGCCUCAAAAAACUAUGUUCUUUCAUAGAAAGUCUUCCUCAGAAACUUCCUGUGGACCAGCAAAUAAGCAUCCACCAAAUGCAUCAAGCCAGCCAAACGACCAACAGGACAACAUUGGAACAGCAUCGGUCAGCUUUCAAGACUUACUUGAAUGCCAGCUCUCCAAAGUACCAGAUCAGAAUAGCUUUCUGUUGGUGCUUGUGCAACUGUGUAAGGACUUGAAGGAAUGCUACACCACCAAGAAGCUCCUCUACUGGUCAAUAUGGUGGGCAUUAGCCACAGCAGGUUUUAACCAGAUUCUGAAUUAUGUCCAAGUGCUAUGGGAAGCUAAAGCACCUUCUCAUAAUUCUGAAGUGUAUAACGGAGCAGUUGAAGCACUAGCAACAUUCUUGAGUUCAAUCACAUCACUGGCUGUGGGUUACAUUAAAGUGAACUGGGAUCUAACAGGGGAGCUGGCAUUGGGAAUCUUCUCUGCACUGGAUGCUGGCACACUCUUUUUGAUGCAUUUUACCAGGGACAUCUGGGUCUGCUAUGGUGCCUAUCUCAUUUUUAAGGCUUGUUACAUGUUCCUUAUAACAAUAGCAACAUUUCAGAUUGCAGUCAACCUCAGCAUGGAACGUUAUGCCUUAAUGUUCGGAUUCAACAACUUUGUCGCACUGCUAAUUCAGACUAUUGUGACAGUUACAGUGGUGGAUUCCAAAGGUCUGGGACUUGGCAUCAAGACUCAGUUCCUAAUAUAUGGCAGCUACUUUGCAGUUAUAUCUGGAAUUUUCCUCAUCAGAAGCAUUUACACCAUUAUCUCAAUGAAAUGCCAAAAGUCUGAAAAUCUUGCUGGAAAUCCUCUAAGUACUGAGUUAAAAGAACAGAGUGAAAGUGGCUAUGCAAAAGACUGACUCUUUGCACCAUUAGUAGUUUGCCUUGAGUAGGGAUGUGCAUGAAUGGCUUAUGGGGGGGGGCGGGGGGCGGUGAGCUGUUCCCUUAAAAAGAAGGUCCUUACCUGCUCCGCCACCUUUCUUGCACAGCACUUGCCCUACCAAAGGCAUUGCGCAGCUGCAGCGCUGUUCCCUGCAACCUAUGUGCGAUGUCAGCAGGCACAUGGUGGCGCGCAUGUGUGCCAAGGCUGAAUACAGGCUGCAGGGAACAGCACCGCAGCUGCACUCAGCCUUUGGUAGAGCAAGCACUGUGCCCGGAAAAGUGGCAGGGCAGCAGUGGAGCAGCUAAGGACUGCUUUUAAGGGAACUCAGAGGUAGGAGCGAAACCACUGUAAGACAGUCUGAAAAGGUUUUUCUAAUAAAAUAAAAAUCCAGCACACUUUUAAUAUCAUCAAAUUCUGCAUAUUUCUUUAGCAUCACAGUACAAUACUGAUUACAAUAAUGCAUCCAUGCAUCUCUACAGGGUACAGUAUUUACUGAAAGUUUUCCUAAAAGACUUGAUUUCCCAACCUAGGAUUCAAAAUGAUACAUGUUUCUGGCAUGCUAAGGGACACUUUUAAUGUUCUGACUGUAGGGGGCAGGAUGGAGCUAGCUUUAAAUUCCAGAGGGACUACUGUUUGAACUGGUCCAUGGACCUGUGGGAAAAUGAUUCCUUUCUCAGACACUUCUUGGGGAAAUUGAAUUGAGGCUGUCAGGCUAACACAGGCCAGGGAGAUGAAAUGAAAUCCAAAAGUUUAACUCCAAAAAAACCUUUGUUUCAGGGUGGUUAUGCUGUGGGUCACCUGAGCUGUCUAGAAGGAUAUAGACACUGUUUAGUGCUAGACAACUGGUCAUGUGUAUUAAAUAUUUCUUUUCUAACAUGUUUCUGAUGGGUUUUCCUUAAUAAACAUCGUUAUUCAAGAUGCA